CGGAGCCUAACUGUGCGAAGCCGAAAGGCAGGCAGAGCGUCUCCUACCACAGCUGUGCUUAGGCUCUUUGUCGGUCGCUGCUCUCCUGCGUUUUUCUACCCGGCAAUAGGAUACAAAGAGAGGGGCAGACAGACAGACAGUAUGAAAUAGAGACAGAGCAUGAGAGCGGCGGGGGCAGCAGAAGGACACGAGAAACCCAACCGGACUAUGGUGUAGUCCAGACACGGAUACUAUUAUCUUCAGACUGGACACGGAGCUCGUCCGAUGUACGCACUGGAUUUUAAACACCAAAAAAGUGUCGAGACUGGGGGGAGUGGGGCCGACUUUAACGCACAGGACUCGUGGGGUUUAGGAGAAGGGUAAUGGAUCAAACUUUACGCAUUCUCCAGAAAUCCUCAGACGGUGUGCCGACUGGGAUCUCCCUGGAUGUGAGUUUAAAUAUGGACGAAGGGGAAGAUUUCACGGAACAGCAAAUCGUGGGGCUCCCGGACAAAAUACCUUUAGUGAAACCAUAUUUCAAAAAGAAGCAGAGGAAAUUGGACGCCAAAUGCCUCCACCGUGCCCUAGAGGAUCCUAUAUUAACCACCUUGUUGAGCACAGACACGCUGGUGUCCGGAGAUGGGGUGUUUGUUCCCCGGAAUCAGCCGAGUCGGACUCCCAGCAACCUGUGCGCAGCGGCUGUUUCAAAACAGAACUGUAUUGGCCCGGUGUGUCUGAAAGACCCGGGAACUGCUGAUGGUGCUACAGCUGGGACUGGAGUACCGGGGUUGUUGACCCGGGACGGUGAUGUGGAGAUUGCCGAUACUACUGCGGAGUUGGAAGAGACUGAGCGGCGAGGGGAGCGACCCAAGAUCACUGAUCCGACCCCAGACAGCCGCUGCUUUCAGCCAAAACCUGGCCUCAGGGCGGCUGGGAGCACAGUGACAAUAACACCUCCCGCCAGGGAUUUACCUCCCACAGCUGCACCCCAGGCCCCUCACCAGGAGGGGGGCAUCAAAAGCAAUGACCUCUUAACCUCUUUGGCUAAAAACCUUCCAGUAACAGACAGCUCUAGCCUCCAGGAUCCCCUUCCCCUCCUGCUGCAGCCUGACAAAGGAGUGCUAUUUCAGGACAAAAGUGAAGAGGCCUCUCUAGAUCUGGUUUUUGAGCUGCUGACCCAGCUCCAGUAUCACACACACCAGUCAGACUCAGUGGACAUUUGUGUGGAUUUCCUCCAAGGACAGUGUGUUUAUGGCAGUGACUGUGCACACCACCACACUGUCCUGCCUUACCACUGGCAGAUCCGCAGGAGCAGCAGUCAGAAGUGGCAGAGCAUAGCAGACGACUCCCAGGAACAGCUGGAGAGACUGUACUGCAACCCAGACAAUGAGCAAGUCAGACUCAAGUUUCAGGGUCGAGUGUUUUCCUUAGACUUUGGGGCAAUGCGAGUGUGUGACCUCGAGUUUGACCGCGUCCGCCGACUGUCCUCUCCAGCCAGCCCUUUGCCUCUUCCCACAACGAACCCGAACCCAACCCCAAGCUGUCACACAGUGUGGAAGUACUACUGCAGAGACAACUUUGGCUGGAGGGAAUACUCUGAGCCUGUGGUAAAGCUCAUAGAGGAGGCAAGCACACGGGGUCUUAAGGAGGUGCGAUUUAUAACGCUCCAGAACCAGUAUAUCCUCAACAUCAGGGAAGGCUUCCAGCAGAAUGCUGUCUUCGGGUUCAGACGACAGAUCAAGAAGCGGCCCAUGUUCAUGUCCUCUGUUAUGCUUACACCGAUUCUACAGACUUUGGGUGGCCUCUCUUCAUCUCCCCUCACCUCCUCUUCCUCAUCCAUGGAUCUCUCCACGUCACAUCCUCUCUCACCAACCACCACCAACCCACCAAGCCUUUAUCCAGAAACUUGGUUGCCCAUGGGAAUGAGCCAGGACUUCCUCCAGGUGCCGGUCUCACGUGAAGACCGCAGCUACAGGACGGUGUACAGCCUUUUCCAUAAGACAGUGUCGGAGACCAAGUUCAGGAUCCUCAAGAUCCAGCGUGUGCAGAACCCGUUCCUCUGGGAGAAGUACAAGAGGAAGAAGGAGUACAUGUCACGGCGUAUGUCAGAGAUGGACCGACUGCUGAGCGAGCGCCACCUCUUCCACGGCACCUCGGCCGACGUUGUGGAGGGCAUCUGCAAGCACAACUUCGACCCUCGGGUCUGUGGAAAGCACGCCACCAUGUUCGGCCAGGGCUCCUACUUUGCCCGCAAGGCUGUCUACUCCCACAACUUCUCCAAGCGCUCACCCAAAGGAGUUCACUGCAUGUUCCUGGCCAAAGUCCUCACUGGCAGGUUCACUGUUGGAAACCCCUCCAUGCGGCGACCUCCACCUAUUAACCCUCGUGACCCCUCCAGUGACCUUUAUGACUCCUGUGUUGACAACUGGGUGGACCCCCAGAUCUAUGUCAUCUUCAAUGAUGACCAGAGCUACCCUUACUUCAUCAUUCACUAUGAGGAGGUACCCAGCACUGUCGCUGUCUAAGACCUGGAUCAGACCUGGCUUUGUCUGUAUUUGCCAAUGCUUACUCAUAGUUUAUUUUGGUCUGUUACAGAGCUGGAUGGGUGGAGUUUGCUUCUUAAGAUGAAAGGGAACAUAUUAGACCAACAACAUGCCAAAAUUUAGAAUCCCUUUUUGAAGACAAACCUCACCCAUCUGUUGCUCCAAACAGGUUAAAACAAUCUAUGACGUGUUUGCAAAUACACAGUGAUUUAGGUCUGCAGUAAACUGGAUCCUAACCAGACUGGUCUGCAUUCAGGAACAGGAACAACAGACGGGUCCAGACCGGAUUAAACUGGCUAAAACUGGACUAGCAAAAAGGAGACACCUGUUUUAUCCAACAUCAGAGGUGGAUGACAGCUGCGUCCACAACAGACUAAACUGGACUCUUAAACAACUCUUUAUAUAGUAUGACAGGAGCCUCAUUAUGAUCACCGGACACAAGAGGAUUCAAUCUACCUUAUUGAUCUGGAGCAGAUGCAGGAAAAACCAAACAUAGCCCUCUUAUCAUUUUGACUUAGUCGUAUGGCUGUAACUGAACUCACAUCAGGACAAGUGCUGUAGUAGAUGGUGGUCCUGCUAGUACUGUGAAUGACCAACUGGUUGUAUUAUUACAAGGAAGCAGCCAACCAAUCAACCGCUUCCAUAGAGAAACCAAGGCGACUCUGAUCCCAGUCAGUCUCUUAUGAAAAUCAUAGUGUGUUUACCCAGCCUCUGGCCCAUACGUUUAUUUUUUUUUUUCAAGUGUAUGUGCAGCGUGUUUGAAUCUUUUGAUUUAGUGGACAUGAAUCUGGUGGCCUCUUCAAACAGUCAUGGACAUGAGUUUCAGCGGGCCUUUUACAAACUGACAUCCUCGUACUGUAAACCUCCAGGCAGAGGUUUCACAUGAAGCCAGUGCUGUUCCCGGUUGGUGAUUUUGCCUUUGUGCCCACCGCUUUAGUUCCUCAUGGGGGGAUUGAAGAGAGUACAGUUUCACGCUGAGACUCUGUGCUGCUGCAGCAUCGGUGGUGCUGUAGCGUUUUGUCAACAAACCCCCUGAAACUCAUCUCUCUUGGACAGCUUUCUCGCUCAGAGACAGUAGACAUGUUUUAUUGAGACAAACUGUACAGAUGUUCUCUUUGUUUAUAUUUGAACUGUGUGCCUUUUGUUCAUAAAAAUUUUAUUUAUGUUAGUUUAAUGUAACAUUGAUUAAAUAAAAAUUCUAAAAGAAAAAUGA